UUGCGAGCGAGUGGUGACAACUGAUCUCACACUUUCUCCAUCUGCUUCUCUCUCUCUUAGCAAAUCGAUCGUGUGCUUUCUCUUCAGACGUUGAAUUAGCAAGCUCACAUCGGGACCAGGCGGAUUCUUCCUUGGAAAAUGCAGGGUCGGAAGUUUUUGAUAUGUCUUUACUUUGGGAUGUAUUUAUGGACAUCUUUCCUCUUCAAAGGGUCGCUGCAGGGUGAGUACCAGAGGAAGCUGUAUAAGGAGCUAAUGGCCAACUACAACCGCCUGGAGAGGCCUGUCUCCAAUGACUCCGCCCCCAUCUUGGUGGAGCUGGGUAUGGCACUGCUGCAGAUCAUUGAUGUGGAUGAGAAGAACCAGGUCCUGAUAUCAAAUGUUUGGCUACAAUUGUACUGGACAGAUGUAUACCUCAGCUGGAAUCCUGACAAUUAUCCAGGAGUACAGACCCUACGCUUUCCUUCCAAUCAGGUGUGGGUGCCAGAUAUACUCCUGUACAACAGUGCAGAUGAAAGGUUUGACGCCACAUUUCACACCAAUGUUCUGGUCAACGCUUCAGGGUAUUGCCAGUACAUUCCCCCAGGGAUCCUGAAGAGCACCUGCUACAUCGACGUGCGCUGGUUCCCCUUCGACGUUCAGAAGUGCAACCUGAAAUUCGGCUCCUGGACUUACAACGGCUGGCUACUGGACCUGCAGAUGCUGUCGGUGGACAUCUCCACCUACAUCCCAAAUGGGGAGUGGGACCUCGUGGGAGUCCCGUCGAAGAGGAACGAGCUGUAUUACGAGUGCUGCAAGGAGCCGUACCCGGACGUGACCUUCACGGUGACCAUGCGCAGGCGCACGCUCUACUACGGCCUCAACCUGCUCAUCCCCUGCGUGCUCAUCUCCGGCCUCGCCCUGCUCGUCUUCCUGCUGCCCGCGGACUCCGGGGAGAAGAUCUCUCUGGGAAUCACUGUCCUGCUGUCCCUGACUGUUUUCAUGCUGCUCGUAGCCGAGAUCAUGCCAGCCACCUCGGACUCCGUCCCUCUCAUUGCUCAGUACUUUGCCAGUACCAUGAUGAUCGUGGGACUGUCUGUGGUGGUCACCGUUCUUGUCCUCCAGUUCCACCAUCACGACCCUCACGGUGGCAAGAUGCCCAAGUGGGUGCGAGUGGUCCUGCUGAACUGGUGCGCCUGGUUCCUGCGCAUGAAGCAGCCGGGGGAGAACCGCAAGCUGAUAGGCUACAAUUACAGUCACGCCCACUCCAGCGGCGGCAGCGGCGGCAGCGGCAGCAUGGAGAUGAGCGCGGCCGGGGCGGGCCAGCCGGCGGCCAGCGCCAACGGCAACAUGAACAUGUACUUCAGCUACCACAGCAUGGAGAACCCGUGCUGCACCCUGAGCCCCGAAUCGGGCGUGGCUUGCGGGCGCUCCGCCGGGUCCCUCUCCCCGGCCGAGGACCGGGAGCGGCGCCGCGUCCUGGGCGAGGCCGCCCCGGAGAUCGGGCGCAUCCUGGAGGAGGUGCAGUACAUCGCCCAGCGCUUCCGGGACCAGGACCACGGCGAGGCCGUCUGCGGCGAGUGGAAGUUCGCGGCGGCCGUGGUGGACCGCCUCUGCCUGGUGGCCUUCUCGCUCUUCUCCAUCAUCUGCACCUUCACCAUCCUCAUGUCGGCGCCCAACUUCAUCGAGGCCGUCUCCAAGGACUUCACCUAAGCCGCCGUGUCGAAGAGAGCUUUGGACUGAAGUGCACAGGAAUGUGAGAAACGCUGGUUUUGUUUUAUUGUCUUUCGAGGGGAUGAAUAUACCUGUGUAUAUAAUCUUAUACAACAGAUCAAAUUAUACAAGCAAAACAUCAAAUUGUAAAUAUACUGCACCAUCUGUGACAGGCUUCCUCUUUUUUGUGUUUUGGCAAUGUUGUUUAUACUACCAUCUCACAAAGCUAGUUUUUUUUUUCUUAUAACCUGGGGCCUGGCUGUUCAGCCUGAUUAUUAUUUGGAAAUUUUAUUAUUAUUAUUAUUAUUAUUAUUAUUAUUAUUAUUAUUAUUAUUAUCAUUAUUAUUAUGAUGUUAGGAGAUUUUUCACUGUGAACCCAAAAUUCUGUUUUAGAGAAAGCUUUGAAUAUGAUGACUAUUUACUGUUGAAACCUACUGUAGCAGUCUUAUUAAACCUAAUGUGAAUUAAACAAGCUUUUUCAUGGA